AUGUUAUCAACAAUACCUUAUGAUUGUAUUGAAAAUAUCUUUGGAUACUUGGAUUAUAAGAACAAAGGAUCACUUUAUUCGUGUAGUUUGGUUAACAAAUAUCUGUGUGAGGUUGCUAUACCAUUCAUAUGGGAAGAUCCAUUCUAUUCGGUGAAAAGCACCAGAAUAUUAAUCAACUGUUUAUCAAAGGAAUCAAAAAAACUUUUAGAAGCCAAAAAUAUUGACUUUACAUUCAAUCUAUUGGAAAAACCCACUUUACACAACUACGCAAUGUUUGCUAAAACAUUAUUUAUUUAUAGUUUUAAUGGGUUUAAUGAGUUGAUCAAAGGAUGUAGUAAUGAUCACAAAUUGAAAAAGCUGAAACUGUUGAUUAUCGAGUUGUUGAAGUUGAUUAUCAAACAUUCAAGAAUCAAAUCAUUACAUUCAACAUUUCUAGACAAUUUUGCUUCUUUAAAUCAAACACCUAGAUUUCAUGAUUGUUUUUUAAAUCUUUCCAGUUUAUAUUGUUCUGAUAAAGAAAAUCCAUCUUUUUUUUAUCAGCUGGCACAAGUUUCUAGAAAUAUUCAGUUACUAUAUAUUAAAAUUCUCAAUCCUUCCGUUUUUGAUCCUUCUUCUUCUGCCACUAACAAUGACAACGAUGGUGAAAGGCUUGAGGAACAAAGUGUCAGAAGAACAUUACAAGCAAUUGGUGAUAACUGUUACAAUUUAAAAACUUUAUCAAUAUCAUAUAAUAAUAAUUUAUCUUAUGAGUUGAGCAAGAUGAUAGAACGUUGUAAUAGAUUAGAAAAAAUAGCGUUGGAUAUAAUUUACUAUGAAGAUGAAAUUUUGGAUUGUGAUAAAGUAUUUAAUGUUUUAAGUCGAAUAUUAUUACCAACAAAUUUAAAAUUAAUUGUUUUUUGGGGAGAAGUUUCUUUAUCCAACCACAACCGGUCACUAGAUAAGUUAAUAAAGAACUGGAAAAAUUUUUGGAAAAACGAAGGACCUCUUUGUAUCAAAUUUUAUAAAGAUACGUUUAUUGAUCAGUCCAUACUUGAUAAUUAUCAAAAUCUAAGGUGUAUGAAAAUCGAAUUUGUAGAUAACAACUUUGAUUCUUUAGAUUGGUUUGAUGAUGAUGUGUCAUGA